AACGCCGUGGACAUCCUGGGGUUCAGCCCCGAUGAGAAGACGGGGAUGUACAAGCUGACGGGGGCCGUCAUGCAUUACGGGAACAUGAGGUUCAAGCAGAAGCAGCGGGAGGAGCAGGCAGAGCCGGACAGCACAGAAGUGGCUGACAAAGCAGGCUACCUGAUGGGUUUGAAUUCUGCUGAUUUGCUCAAGGCUUUAUGCUAUCCCAGAGUGAAAGUUGGGAAUGAAUAUGUAACUAAAGGACAAAAUGUCCAACAGGUAUACAAUUCAGUGGGUGCAUUGGCUAAAUCAGUCUAUGAGAAGAUGUUCCUGUGGAUGGUUAUUCGAAUCAACCAACAGCUGGAUACAAAGCAACCCAGACAGUACUUCAUUGGUGUCCUGGACAUUGCUGGCUUUGAAAUUUUUGAUUUCAACAGCCUGGAGCAGCUGUGCAUCAACUUCACCAAUGAGAAACGGCAACAGUUCUUCAACCACCACAUGUUCGUGCUGGAGCAGGAGGAGUACAAAAAGGAAGGAAUUGAAUGGGAGUUUAUUGACUUUGGGAUGGACCUGGCUGCCUGCAUUGAGCUCAUUGAGAAGCCCAUGGGCAUCUUUUCCAUCCUGGAAGAGGAGUGCAUGUUCCCCAAGGCAACUGACACCUCUUUCAAGAACAAGCUCUAUGACCAGCAUCUGGGCAAGUCAAACAACUUCCAGAAGCCAAAGCCUGUCAAAGGCAAGGCUGAAGCCCACUUCUCCCUGGUACACUAUGCUGGCACGGUGGACUACAACAUCUCUGGCUGGCUUGACAAGAACAAGGAUCCCUUGAAUGAAACUGUUGUGGGACUGUACCAAAAAUCAUCCUUGAGGUUGCUGUCCUUCCUUUUCUCUAACUAUGCUGGUGCAGAAACAAGUGACAGUGGUGGUGGCAAGAAAGGUGCUAAGAAGAAGGGGGGCUCUUUCCAGACAGUGUCUGCUGUGUUCAGGGAAAAUCUAAACAAGUUGAUGACUAACCUGAGAAGUACCCAUCCUCACUUUGUGCGUUGCCUGAUCCCUAAUGAGACCAAGACACCUGGUGAAAUGGACCAUUACUUGGUGAUGCAUCAGCUGCGGUGCAAUGGGGUUCUAGAAGGCAUCCGAAUUUGCAGGAAGGGGUUUCCAAGCAGAAUCCUUUAUGCGGACUUUAAGCAACGGUACAAGAUUCUUAAUGCCUCAGCCAUUCCGGAAGGCCAAUUCAUUGAUAGCAAAAAGGCUUCAGAAAAGCUUCUUUCAUCCAUCGAUGUUGACCACAACCAAUACAGAUUUGGCCACACAAAGGUGUUCUUCAAGGCAGGUCUCCUGGGACUCCUAGAAGAGAUGAGAGAUGAGAAGCUUGUGAGCCUCAUCACUCAUACACAAGCUAUGUGCAGAGGGUACCUCAUGAGAACUGAAUUUAAAAAGAUGAAUGAAAGGAGAGAAUCCAUUUAUAUCAUCCAAUACAACGUUCGUGCAUUCAUGAAUGUCAAGCACUGGCCCUGGAUGAAGCUGUACUUCAAGAUGAAGCCCCUGCUGAAGAGUGCAGAAUCUGAGAAGGAGAUAGCCAACAUGAAGGAGGAGUUUGAGAAAACAAAGGAAGAACUUACAAAGUCUGAAGUAAAGAGGAAAGACCUAGAGGAGAAAAUGGUGAUCCUGUUGCAAGAGAAAAAUUACUUGCAGCUGCAGGUUCAAUCUGAAAGUGAAAAUCUAGCUGAUGCUGAAGAGAGAUGUGAAAGACUCAUCAAAAGCAAAAUCCAGCUGGAAGCUAAAAUUAAAGAACUAAGUGAAAGAAUGGAGGACGAAGAGGAGACGAAUGCUGAACUGACAGCGAAAAAGAGGAAACUAGAAGAUGAGUGCUCUGAGCUGAAGAAAGAUAUUGAUGAUCUUGAACUGACUCUGGCCAAAGUGGAAAAGGAGAAGCAUGCAACAGAGAACAAGGUUAAGAAUCUUACAGAAGAGGUGGCAGCUCUGGAUGAAAAUAUUUCUAAACUCACUAAGGAGAAAAAGGCCCUCCAGGAAGCUCAUCAGCAGACACUGGAGGAUUUGCAAGUUGAGGAAGACAAAGUCAGCACGCUCACCAAAACCAAGACCAAACUGGAGCAGCAAGUAGAUGAUCUUGAGGGAUCUCUGGAACAGGAGAAAAAACUGCGAAUGGAGCUUGAGAGAGCAAAGAGAAAACUGGAGGGGGAUCUGAAAAUGUCUCAGGAUUCCAUCAUGGAUCUGAAGAAUGAUAAGGAACAGAUGGCUGACAAGCUAAAAAAAAAGGAUUUUGAAAUUAGCCAGUUGCAAAGUAAAAUUGAAGAUGAGCAGGCUCAAAGUUCUCAACUGCAAAAAAAAAUUAAAGAGCUUCAGGCUCGAACAGAGGAACUGGAGGAAGAAAUUGAGGCUGAACGUACAAUCCAUGCAAAAACCGAAAAGCAAAGAGUUGACCUCUUGAGGGAGCUAGAGGAGAUCAGCGAGCGCCUGGAAGAAGCAGGAGGGGCUACCGCAGCUCAGAUCGAUAUGAACAAGAAGCGUGAGGCAGAAUUUCAGAAGAUGCGUCGCGCCCUCGAAGAGGCCACGCUGCAGCACGAAGCCACGCACGAAGCCUCGGCUGCCGCCCUGCGGAAGAAGCAUGCGGACAGCACAGCUGAGCUGGGGGAGCAGAUCGACAACCUGCAACGGGUGAAGCAGAAGCUGGAGAAGGAGAAGAGUGAGCUGAAGAUGGAGAUUGAUGACUUGGCCAGUAACAUGGAGUCUGUCUCCAAAGCGAAGAGUAAUCUGGAAAAGAUGUGCCGAGUCCUUGAAGACCAGUUCAGUGAAGUCAGAACAAAAGAUGAUGAACAUAUGCGACUAAUUAAUGAUCUAAGCACACAGAAAACACGUCUACAGACUGAGAAUGGUGAACUUACUCAGCAACUGGAAGAGAAGGAGUCCUUGAUUACUCAGUUGACUCAAGGAAAACAUGCUUUCACUCAGCAGACUGAAGAGCUGAAGAGGCAACUAGAAGAAGAAAACAAGGCCAAGAAGGCCCUGGCCCACGCCUUGCAAUCUGCUCGCCACGACUGUGACUUGCUGCGGGAACAAUAUGAGGAGGAGCAGGAAGCCAAGGGGGAGCUGCAGCGUGCCCUGUCCAAGGCCAACAGUGAAGUGGCCCAGUGGAGAACCAAAUACGAGACGGACGCUAUUCAGCGCACAGAGGAGCUGGAGGAGGCCAAAAAGAAGCUUGCCCAACGCCUGCAGGACUCAGAGGAGCAAAUUGAGGCUGUCAACUCAAAGUGUGCUUCACUGGAGAAGACAAAACAGAGGCUGCAGGGGGAAGUGGAUGACCUCAUGAUUGACAUGGAGAGGUCAAAUGCAGCGUGUGCAGCAUUUGAUAAAAAACAGAAGAAUUUUGAUAAGGUCCUGGCUGAAUGGAAGCAGAAGUACCAGGAGAGUCAGGCUAAGCUGGAAGCCACCCAGAAGGAGUCUUGGUCUCUUAGCACUGAGGUGUUCCGCAUGAAGAAUGCCUAUGAAGAAAUGUUUGACCAGGCUGAGACUGUCAGGCGGGAGAAUAAGAACCUCCAGCAGGAAAUCUGUGAUCUUACUGAACAGAUUGCUGAAUCUGGAAAAGCUAAUCAUGGACUGGAGAAAGCAAAGAAGCAAAUUGAGCAAGAAAAGUGUGACCUUCAAGCAGCAUUAGAAGAAGCAGAGGGCUCUUUAGAACAUGAAGAAGGAAAGAUCUUAUGUGUUCAGCUGGAGCUGAACCAGAUAAAGUCAGAUGUUGAUAAACGAAGUGCAGAGAAAGAUGAGGAAAUUCAACAGCUGAAGAAGAAUCACCAGAGGGUCUUAGAGUCUAUGCAGACCACGCUGGAUGCUGAGACUAGAAGCAGAAAUGAUGCUUUGAGGCUGAAAAAGAAGAUGGAGGGAGAUCUGAAUGACAUGGAAAUACAGCUGAGCCAUGCCAACAGUCAGGUAGCAGAGACACAGAAGCACCUCAAAGCUGUGCAAGGGCAACUCAAGGAUUCCCAGCUCCAUUUGGAUGAUGCUUUGAGAGAGAAUGAUGACCUGAAGGAGCAGCUUGCUGUGGUAGAGCGUAGGAACAAUCUGAUAACAACAGAAAUGGAGGAGAUGAGAGCUGCUAUGGAGCAGACAGAGAGAGCCCGAAAAGUUUCUGAGCAGGAGCUGAUAGAUGCCAGUGAGCGAGUGCAGCUUCUCCACUCACAGAACACAAGCCUCCUCAACACCAAGAGGAGACUGGAAGUGGACAUUACUCGUUUACAGAACGAAGUAGAAGACAGCAUUCAGGAAGCUAGAAAUGCAGAGGAGAAAGCAAAGAAAGCAAUUACAGAUGCAGCCAUGAUGGCAGAAGAGCUGAAGAAGGAGCAGGACACCAGCGCCCACCUGGAGAGGAUGAAGAAGAACCUGGACCAGACGGUGAAGGACCUACAGCACCGUCUGGAUGAGGCCGAGCAGUUGGCACUGAAGGGUGGAAAGAAGCAACUCCAGAAACUAGAGGCGAGGAUUAAUGAGCUAGAAAAUAAGCUUGAUGCUGAGCAGAAACGAGGAAUAGAGUCACUGAAAGGUGCUCACAAGUAUGAACGAAGGCUGAAGGAGCUCACUUACCAGUCUGAAGAGGAUAAGAAAAAUAUUUUCCGACUUCAAGACCUGGUGGACAAGCUGCAGUUAAAAGUGAAAGCAUACAAAAAACAGGCUGAGGAAUCUGAAGAACAGGCAAACAUUAACCUCUCACGAUGCCGCAAGACACAGCACAAGCUGGAAGAGGCUGAAGAACGAGCUGAUAUUGCUGAAUGUCAGUUUAACAAGUUGCGAGCCAAAAGUCUUGAUAUUGGAGGACAG